AUGAAACUCAAGACAGAAUCGGGCUCAAUGGAACGCGACGCUGCGCUACAUGGACUACGGGAGACCGUGCGAUACGUUACCGGCCUGGAUUCUGUUGGCAAUAGCGUUAUGUUGAUGUCUCCCAGCCUAAAUUUUCAUGACCGAGGGGGCUACGCAAUCGCGGCCGUCUACAGCUUGGAAUCCAUACCCGCCAACGUCGAGGAUAAUAGCGAUCUACGACACUAUAUGACUUCUCAAGAACCCCCCAAUGCCAGUGAACACAAUUCACUUCCCUCCCAGCUUGUCAUCCCAGGUGGUGCAAACUUUGUUCAGGGAGAUUUUGGCCCCUCCUCAUGCUCUGUAUGGCACAGGACAUUGUCGGUUGACUUUGUUACGGUGAUACAGGGUGAGCUAGUCUUGGAAGUCGGGGAUGAUCUCUCGAAUACCAGCCAGGUCACCUUGCAAGCAGGCGUAAGUUAUGGUCCUCUGAUCCUUCACUCUAUACCGGAUUAA